CUGGAGAAUUGUGUACCGGAAGUAGCUCUUUGACUGGUGGAACCCAUCGCAGGUGCAGAUCACAAUGGGUGAACCCCACGGAUCCAUGAGGAUCCUAGUGACAGGGGGCUCUGGACUGGUGGGCAGAGCCAUCCAGAAGGUGGUCGCAGAUGGGGCCGGCUUGCCUGGAGAGGAAUGGGUGUUUGUCUCCUCCAAAGAUGCAGAUCUGACGGAUGCAGCACAAACUCAAGCUCUGUUCCAAAAGGUACAGCCCACCCACGUCAUCCAUCUUGCUGCAAUGGUAGGCGGCCUUUUCCGGAAUAUCAAAUACAACUUGGAUUUCUGGAGGAAGAACGUUCACAUCAAUGACAACGUCCUGCAUUCGGCCUUCGAGGUGGGCACUCGCAAGGUGGUCUCCUGCCUGUCCACCUGCAUCUUCCCUGACAAGACCACCUAUCCUAUUGAUGAGACAAUGAUCCACAACGGGCCACCUCACAGCAGCAAUUUUGGGUACUCAUAUGCCAAGAGGAUGAUUGACGUGCAGAACAGGUGCUCCCUCUUGGUCUGGCCCAGGCCUCCCUGGAGAGGGGAGGAUGGACCCUUGGGGCCUACUUCCAGCAGCACGGCUGUACCUUCACUGCUGUCAUCCCUACCAAUGUCUUUGGGCCUUAUGACAACUUCAACAUCGAAGAUGGCCACGUGCUGCCCGGCCUCAUCCAUAAGGUGCACCUGGCCAAGAGUGAGUGCAGCUGUCCGGCACACGCCUGGCCCAGGUAAUGGUUCAGCCUUGACGGUGUGGGGUACAGGGAAGCCUCGGAGGCAGUUCAUCUACUCGCUGGACCUAGCCCGGCUCUUCAUCUGGGUCCUGAGGGAGUACAAUGAGGUGGAACCCAUCAUCCUCUCAGUGGGCGAGGAAGAUGAGGUGUCCAUCAAGGAGGCAGCUGAGGCUGUAGUGGAGGCCAUGGACUUCUCUGGGGAAGUCACUUUUGAUUCAACAAAGGCAGAUGGGCAGUAUAAGAAGACAGCCAGUAAUGGCAAGUUGCGGUCCUACUUGCCUGACUUCCGUUUCACACCCUUCAAGCAGGCUGUGAAAGAAACCUGUGCUUGGUUCACCGACAACUACGAGCAGGCCCGGAAGUAAAGCACGGGACAAGCAGGUGCUCACCUGGCAAUGCCCAGUCAGUGGUCACCACCCUCAGUUCCCACCAAGAACUGAGGCUAGUAUCCAGCCACCUGAGCCACAUGCCGACCUCUUUGCCAGGAUUCUCCAUGCUGCUGUCCAGUAGGGCCCACGUCCAGCCUUGAGGAAAGGCAAGACCAACAUCUUGCUUACCUGCUUCUGUCCGACCUCAGUGUGUCUCUGCUGGACUAGAAACCAAUAAAAUGGGUUUUCAUGA